GUGCGUGUGUUCACGUCAAUCUCGGAAGCAGCUGUCAAUUGCUGUCAAAUUUCUUUUCGCUGUAGCAUUUGAUCAGGUUCCAGUUCCGUCAAUCUUUGUCCUUUGCGCAAGAUGGUGACCGCCAAGAAGCAGAAAAAAGCUUUGGAGAGCAUCAACUCCCGCCUGGCGCUGGUAAUGAAAUCGGGCAAAUCUUGCCUAGGGUACAAGCAGACAUUGCGAACUCUCCGCCAAGGCAAGGCCAAACUGGUCAUCAUUGCCAACAACACGCCGCACCUCCGCAAAUCGGAAAUCGAGUAUUACGCUAUGUUGGCCAAGACUGGUGUACAUCACUACAAUGGCAACAACAUCGAGCUGGGUACGGCUUGCGGUAAAUACUUCCGUGUGUGCACCCUCUCGAUCACCGAUGCUGGAGACUCUGAUAUCAUUCGCAGCCUGCCGGAAGCCCAAGCUGGGGGACAGUAAAUGAUGCGGAUGUAUAUAUUCCACCUGUUGACGUGCUCCCAUCGUAUGGAAGUGCUGUUUUGCGGGGCGUAAUAAAAUAAAGCUUAUGAGAGUCUGUGCGCUCGCAUAGAAUCUGAUGGAA